AUGGCAAAGAAGCAGCAAGAGGUUAAGCAGAAAUCAUCGAAGGACAUAAAGAAAGAGUUGGAAGAAAAAGCAUUUGGACUUAAAAACAAGAAACAAAAGGCAGCGAUUAUGAAGCAGUUAGAAAGCCUCAAUCUCAAAGAGCGGCUUGAGAAGAAGGAAAAGAUGAAAAAAGAAGAAAUGAAAGCUUAUGUCAAACAGGUGAUUCCAAUAGGUGUAGAUCCAAAGACAAUUCAGUGCAUAAACUUUCUUAACAAAAUAUGCCCGGAUGGAGACGAUUGCAAGUUUGCACAUGAGGUGGUCAAAAAAGUAGAGAAACAGAGCACAGAAGUGGUGGCUGAAAAAGCAAAAAGUAUAUGCAGGUUUCUUAUAGAUGCAUUACACUCUGGAGAAUACAAAAGCGAUUGGAAAUGCCCGUUUCCAGAGUGCAAUGAUGUCCAUAGACUUGUUGAGAUGAAAGAGGAUGUACAAGUUGAGCUUACUCUUGAGGAGUACAUUGAGUUUUCCAGGCAGUCUCUUCCUGCAGAGCUGACUCCAUUGACUGAAGAGCGAUUUAAGGAGUGGAAGAUUAAGAAGCAGAAUGAGGAGAAGGAGCAUGCUAGACGAGUGAAGGCGCUUUCAACCGGAGUUCUUGGAAUAGAGCUGUUUCAAACACGACGAGAUCUGUUUAAGGACGAUGAGGAGGCAGGCGAGGAGGACUAUGCAGAGAGGUGUUACUCGGACUCUGAUGAGAGUGAUGUGCAGUCUCAUGUUGAAUAA